ACAUAAAUGGAAAAUAAGAAAUAGAAAGAGACAUAAAAGAGGAAAAGAAAGGUCACGGUGAAAAUAAUGUCCUUGAAUUUGUCAUGUCGGUAUCUCCGGUUUUAUAUCGUGUUCAUUAUUUCUUUACAGAGAGCGGGGGAAUAAAGAAAGAUAUAUAUAUAUAUAUAAAGCAAACUCAGUGAACAGGAAUUGAUGUGCCUUAAAUAGUGAUCUCAAGAAAAGAAAGAAAUAAUGAAAAAAUACUGACAAAAAAUAAUAAAACAACUUUGACUUCCAGGUACACAUUUACAACAUUUUUUUCUCCGUCCAUGACUUCCAAAGCAUAGUAUUGCAUCCUUCCAGUGAAUCGAAAGAGAGAAAAAUAGACUGAGGAGAGACAGAGAGAAGAAUAAGAGAAGAGAGAGAAAAUAGAAUAAAAGGAAGGGAGGAAAGGGAAAAGAUAGAGAAAAGGCGAAAGAGAGAGCGAAAAGAUAUACAAAAGAGAGAACUCAGAUAAAGAAAAGAAAAGAAAGAUCAAAGCUUGAAAAAAGAAAAUUGAACAUCGUUGCUCACAUUUUCUCUAAGAUCAGAUCGGACCUUAGAGGAUUCCGUAGCUUAAAAAUCAUUGGACUUAUAGCGUGACGUUGCUGGUGCUGCGUUCCCACAGGGCUUGUAAUUGGCUCUCAGCUGGCACUGUUAACAAACCAGCUGGCGCCUUUACCAACCAAGAUGCGAUCGUCUUCUGGAUCCUCUUCUGCCUCCGUUCCUUCGCAGAAGAAGUCUCUCCUGCUGGAGUGACAAGUAGCUGGAAAGGGAUUCGCAUCCCUUCUUAUCGAUUCUCAUUUGUUUGCGGAUACUGAUCCAGGAAUUUAUCGCAAAGAAUCGUAUCGUCAGGGCUACCAACCUCACCGACCAUCAUGGCGGAAUUGAACCGGAGUUUGACUGCGAUGGACUGGCUUCCUCGCCUCAACGCCCGCGGUGCUCUGAGCGCGGGCGGGAUCUGGCUCGAGGGCGUGAAUGAUCCUCCAGAACUCGUGCAGGCUGACUCUUCCACCCCGCCCUCGCCGCCCACUAAUAGCAAGCCUCCAUAUAGUUACGCCAACCUGAUCACCCUCGCCAUUAACAGCAGUUCGAAGCGGAAGAUGACGUUGGCGGAAAUCUAUCAGUGGAUUAUUGAUAACUUCCCUUACUAUCGUCAAGCGUCGGCGGGCUGGAAGAACUCGGUGCGCCACAACCUCUCCCUGAACAAGUGCUUCAAGAAGGUUCCGCGGACGAAGGACGACCCGGGCAAGGGCUCCUACUGGGCCAUCGACGCCUCCUACACGGCCGAGGAGAGUCUCAGCAAGAAGAGGAAGCAGUCGUGUCCUAGGAACUCGGUGCGCCACAACCUCUCCCUGAACAAGUGCUUCAAGAAGGUUCCGCGGACGAAGGACGACCCGGGCAAGGGCUCCUACUGGGCCAUCGACGCCUCCUACACGGCCGAGGAGAGUCUCAGCAAGAAGAGGAAGCAGUCGUGUCCUAGGUUCAACCCGUACCUGACGUUCUGCAACAGCAACAGCAACAGCAACGACUCCUUGACUUUGGGCGGAAAAGCAGCUUCCGUCCCCGCGUCGUCGGUGAGUGUGUCGACGGCGGCGGCAGCGGCGAUGGCAGCGGCGGCGGCGGCGGCGGCGGGUCCCGGGGGCGGCGACCUGCACCGGAGGACCAACACGGCGCUCAUCAGCCCUUGGAACAACUCGCUCGAACCGUGGCCGCAGUCGCAGAUCUGGAAUCCAGGAUCUGAAGGGCUGGUGCUGGACGGGCGGCCCGGCGCUGCGGCGGCCGUGAACGUGACCGGGGCGAGCACGGGCGUCGUGGGCGCGGGCGACGGCGACGUGCUGUGGCGAGACCCGGUGGACGGCAUCACCAUGAAGGACUGCGACCUCAACCUGCUCAACAACCUCACGCCGGAGCUCCUGCGGGAGUACGCCGACUUCCUCACCACCACGGCCAACUCGGCCCCGCCCGCGAGCUGCGUGGGCCAGCCCUGCGGGCCGCACGCCACGCCCGUCAACGGCGCCGUCAAUGGGCUGCGCGGCGUCGCCCUGGACCCCGGCCCCGUCCCGCUGCCGCCCACGUCCGGAGAGACCAUCGAGACGCUCGUGGCGGACCCGCUGCUGGUGUCGAACGCCGUGCCGCCCGAUGACGUCCUCCGCUCGCCGCAGCAGGUCAGCAGCCCCGCCGAGCUCUCCCUGGACGGCAGCUUUAACCUGGGCGUGCAGGAGGAGUGCGGCGAGCGCGACGCCCCGCCCGUGUCCACCAUCAGCGAGUCGGUGAGCGCCGCCGGCCACGGCUCGGGCGGCACCGUCACCAUCAUGAGGAGAGAGCCCGCCCCGCUGAGCCCCCGGACGCUCUCGGAGCCCCUGGCGCGGCUCCUGGCGCCCCUCACGCCCCCGGGCCAGUCGAGGGCGUCACUCGAGACGGAGGGCCCCGCGGACGACGAUGGGCUGGAGGGCGCGCUGGUGCGGGGCCUGGCGGAGGACAUGGAGGCCAUCCAGGUGGGCCUCAUCACGGGCUCGGGCGUCCACUCCGACGACGAGGAGAUCACCGACGACUUCAACUGGGACAAGCUGCUCUAG